CAGAAUUUGAAAAGAAGUUGAAGAAUAAAUAUCUGUACAUAUAAUGGCAUCAAAUCAGAUUGAAAAAAUUGUCAAUUUAUACAAAACAUUAGCACGAAAUCCAUCUCUAAGCGGUGCAAAAAUUCUAGAGCUACAUGAAAAUAAAAUAUCAAUACAAAGUGCAUGGUCUCAAAGAAAUUUAGAGAGGAAGACAAAUCAAAAAUUUUUUCAGACACAUAUUUUAAAUUCUGAGUUACAAGUACAAUCUGAAAGUUUUCCCAUUGAUAUUACAACAGAACUUCUGUCUGAUUUUACGGAAGAUAAUCAACGUAGAGCUGUCUUGAGACAAGCUACAAUUGAAAACACUACAAAACAGUUUAUUGAAAUCUGGGAUAAACAAAGGCUUGUAAAAAAUUAUGAUUUAGCAGCUUUAGAUGUACAUGGAGAUGUAUAUACUGAUUCUGAAUUUGCUUCUUUUCAAUGGUCUCCAGAUAAAACAAAAGUGUUAUAUAUUGCUGAAAAAAAGCUACCAAAAUCUGAGCCAUUUUAUAAACAGAAACCUUGUAAUAAAGAGGAUAAAGAUAAAAAGGCAGAAGAUGAAAUAACAGUGGGUAAUGAAUAUAUUUACAAACCUCAUUGGGGAGAACAAUUGGUAGGUAAACACCAUCCAGUUGUUGCUGUCCUUGAUACAACUGCAGACACAAUUUCAGCUCUCUCAGGUAUACCAAAUGAACUAUCACCUGCACAAGUAUUAUGGACUGAAGAUAGUGAAAGUAUAGUUGGUGUAGCCUGGAAACAUGAGCCAAGACAUUUAGGUCUUAUUGCCUGUACUAAUAGACUUUCUUGGAUAUUUUUGUUGAAAGAUGGCGAAUACAAAAAGAUAUCAAAUGAUGGGUGUGCUGUUCAUAGCCCUAGAUUUAGCCCUGAUAGAAAAUAUUUAAUCUGGUUAGAAAGAGAAGCAGGUGGUGCACAUCAUAAUGCUCACAGACUUAUGUACCUUGAAUUCAAUUCAGAAAAUUCGAAGGCUGAUGUGCUUGUUGACAUUGUACCUUCAAGUAUACCUAUUCAAAAUGCUGAAAAGUUUUAUGGCUUAUAUGGCCGCUUACCAAGACGAUGUUGGAGCGUUGAUUCACAAUAUAUAUUUUUGAGUACACCUCAACAGAAUAAUACCCGUUCUUAUAUCGUUAACACAAAAACGAAAGCUAUAACUGAAAUUCAAAAUGAUAAAAGUAGUCUUAUUAUUUUGGAUGUAAAAGAUAAUGUUAUUGCAUUUUUGGAAACAUCUCUUCUGGAACCACCUAUGCUUACAGUAGGAAAGUUUGACUCAAAUUCAGUUAUUAGUGGUCAUAUUAAAAGAAGUAAAGUUUCUGUUUCCACGUCGAUUCCUGGUUCUGAAAAUUUAAUGUACGAGCCUUCAGAAUAUGAUUAUGAUAACAAUGAAGAAAUUAAACACUUCAACUUUAUUUAUUUUGGGCCAAAUAGUGGAUGUGAUAAAUCUGUACCUUUAAUAAUUGUACCACAUGGUGGACCUCAUUCUAACUAUGCAAAUUUAUUUGUACUUGAUUACUUUUUGUUUGUUUUAUCUGGCUUUGCAGUGGUACAAGUUAAUUAUCGUGGAUCUACUGGCAUGGGUUCUAAAAAUGUUGAAUAUCUCCAAGGAAAAGUUGGAAAUGUUGAUGUCAAGGAUUGCGUAACUGCUACAAAAGAAGCUUUACAGAAAUAUCCAUGGUUAAACUCAGACAGAAUGGGAAUAACUGGCGGUUCACAUGGAGGAUUUUUAGUCACUCAUUUAAGUGCUAAAUAUCCAGAUUUAUACAAAGCUGUUGUUGCCAGAAAUCCUGUAAUCGACAUUGCUGCUAUGUACACUAUAUCAGAUAUUCCAGACUGGUGUGCUGCUGAAGCCAAUUAUCCCUUUGAUGAAAGCAUACCAAUCUCAGAAUCAGACCAAGUUCAGAUGCUUGUGAAGAUGUUUCAGUGUUCCCCGAUUAUUCAUGCUGAUAAAGUGAAAGCUCCAACUUUGUUAUGUAUUGGCUCGAACGAUUUACGUGUACCUUCGUCUCAAGGAAAGCUGUGGUAUUACCGUCUUAAAGCGAAUAAUGUUAAAACAAAGAUGCUACUUUAUGAAGAUAACCAUCCUUUGGCAUCAGGAAUUGCUGAAAUUGAUAAUGUUAUUAAUGCCUGUUUGUGGCUACAUGAACAUAUUGGGACAUGUUCACAUAACACAUAGAUAAUGGUACGAUGAUGGUGA